GAAACCGGUCUUUAUCCGAUCCUCGCUGGCUCGCUGUUCGUAUACGCUGAAAUCAAUGCAGGUCCCCAGCCCAGCUCCUUUGACGACAUUUUUUUAAAACUCUCCCACGUCUUCUCUUGUUUUCUGGUUGUUGCGUUUACUGCGGUGACACCUCUCGAUAGCGCUGCUCUCUUCUCUUUUCCUCACGAAGCUACUUCGCGUUUCUUUGCCGCUGUAACAGACUACAGCGCUACGGUUGGACAAUCGCGGGACAUAUACACAGCACAUCUUUCUUUUCCUCGCGCCCACCUGUUUGUUAGGCUCUCAUCAAUACAGGUGUUUCCUUAGUUUAUUAUCCUUAUGGUGUGGAGUAUUGCGGCUGCUGUCGUCUCUCUCCCUCUCUGUCUCUUUCAAAAAUUUCAUUCCCCUACAGCUGUUGAUUUACCAAAUUAUUGGUGACAUUGCACCGUGAGAAAGUCGAUCAAGUUACCUGUAGGUUUCUGUUCGUUUGCAUUUGAAAAAAAGGUCAAAGGCAGCGAAGCGGCUUUGCUGAGCAUCGCCCUGGGCUUCUCUUUAGGCUUCGACAACUUCGAGUCCGUCGUAUUCUUCUUCCUCUUAUUGUUGCUGCUGCCGUUGUUAAUUAUCCACCGCAAGAAGCGCCAUGGCGCUCUCCUUCCCCAAAGAGGCGCACCCGCACGCGGACAACAACAUCGUGAGCGUCCGCGAAACAGGCGACGCCGCGGCCGCCAAGCGCGCUCCCUCCUCCGAGUUGCUGGAGCACGUCAAGAUGGCACAGACGAUUAUUCGCGAUGUCUUCGAUCGCUUCCCGGCUUCUGAAAUUGGCAUCUCCUUCAACGGCGGCAAGGACAGCGUGGUGAUGUUUGAGCUGAUUCGUAGGACGGUGCCCAUCGACGUGCUAAAGCAGUGUUGCGUCUUUGUGAUUGACUUGCAUGACGAAUUUGAUGAGAUCCUCGACUUCCGCGCGCGCUAUAUGCGCGAGUUGAAGGAGCUUACCCUGCUGCAUCAGGAGGUCAUCGUGGACAUGCGAGAAGGUCUGUGCAAGCUGCUUGAAAAGCGGCCGCUAAAGGUGGUGUUUAUGGGCACGCGCAAGACAGACCCGCACGGGCGAACGCAGCAGAGUCCGGUGCAGAUGACCACGGCUGGAUGGCCUAACUUCCUGCGGGCCUGCCCUUUGUUCAGCUGGUCAGUGCUCAGCGUGUGGGAAUACACCCGGCUGAACCACGUUCCUCAGUGUAAGCUGUACGAGGACGGCUACACGUCCCUAGGCGACGUGACCACCACGUCGCGCAAUCCGCACCUGCGGAGGGAGGAUGGCACGUACAAACCGGCAUGGGAGCUGACAUCAGCCGACUUCGAACGCGAGGGGCGCCAUUGUCAUUGCUGA